GGGCACGCGAGAAGGCCGGUUGCCAAGUAAGGGCUGGGAGGCGGAGGCGGCUGCUUCCUGACUAAGCCAAGCUGCAUGAAUGGUCGGCGAGACAGGCAGUGGGAGGGGCCAUGCGGCUGCGGGGCGGGAAGGUGGAGCUGACUCGGCACCGGGCGUUGUAAAUGAAUGCCCACGAGGCAGUUGUGAAACCGGAGAAGGAAAAGCUGCUCGUGGGGGCAACGGCACAGAAGCAGGCGGAGCAGGGUGCUAGCGGUGAAGUGAAGCAGUGAAAAUCCACCAAAAUGAAAGAGUCCUACACACUUGCACAGGGUGCUGUGAUGACGGGCAGCAGCCCCCAGGACAGGUAUAAGGUUGUUUGGCUGAUCUUUUUCAUACUCGGCCUGGGGACUCUCUUGCCAUGGAAUUUUUUCAUGACAGCUACGAUGUACUUUACCAGCCGCCUGGGGGAAUCCCAGAACAUAUCCUCUGUCGACCGUCUUGCUAAUAUGAAUGUGACAGAGAUGGCAGGAGAUCCUCCUUUCACGUACUUGCAGUCCAUAUUCAACAAUGUGAUGACACUCUGUGCCAUGUUGCCUCUACUGAUCUUCACCUGCCUCAACUCCUUCAUCCAUCAGAGGAUACCUCAGCAAGUACGGAUCCUUAGCAGCUUAGUUGCCAUCUUCUUGGUCUUCAUGGUAACAGCUAUCCUGGUAAAGGUCUCAAUGGAGCCAUUGCCUUUCUUCACCAUCACUAUGAUCAAGAUAGUCUUCAUCAAUUCUUUUGGUGCCAUUCUUCAAGGCAGCCUCUUUGGAUUGGCGGGGCUUCUACCUGCUACUUAUACAGCUCCUAUUAUGAGCGGCCAGGGCCUUGCAGGGACAUUUGCAGCUUUGGCCAUGAUCUGUGCUAUCGCCAGUGGCUCUGAAAUAGCAGAUUGUGCCUUUGGUUAUUUCAUCACAGCCUGCGUAGUGAUCCUGCUUGCCAUUGGGUCCUAUAUGGUGUUGCCUCAUCUGGACUUCUUCCGUUGCUACUCAAUGAAAGACAAGACAGAGUAUCAGGCCCAUGAGAACCCUUCUGAGCUGGAAACCAAGGUUGAUCUUAUCAGGAAAGGUGAGCCCAAUGAUGUAGAACUAAAGAACCCUACAAAUGGAGAUUCCCAUGUGCCACACCACGAGCCCUCAGUUCUCAGCAUCUUCAGAAAGAUCUGGGUCAUGGCUGUAUGCGUCUGCUUAGUCUUUACCAUCACUAUUGGAGUCUUCCCAGCUGUCACUGUUGAUGUAAAGUCAACCAUUGCUGGGGACACAAUCUGGGCUGGAUAUUUCACCCCAGUCUCUUGUUUCCUGGUGUUUAAUGUCUUUGACUGGGCUGGACGGAGCCUGACAGCUGUUUGCAUGUGGCCUGGAAAGGACAGCUCUCUGCUACCAUUGAUGGUGAUUUUCCGUGUGAUCUUCAUCCCCCUCUUCAUACUGUGUAAUGUGCAACCCCGCAGGAACCUGCCUGUCUUCUUUGCCCAUGAUGCUUGGUACAUCGUCUUCAUGAUUUUCUUCUCUGUCUCCAAUGGAUACCUGGCCAGCCUCUGCAUGUGUUUCGGGCCCAAGAAGGUGUUGCCACAUGAAGCAGAAACUGCUGGAGCCAUCAUGGCAUUCUUCCUUUCACUAGGCCUGGCUUUGGGAGCUGUCUCCUCCUUCCUGUUCAGACAUGUAAUCUAGCAGGAUGCUCAGAACAUCUUGGACAAGAGAGGCAGAGGAUGAGUGCCUACUUUCCAAGAACUCAUUGCCUUAGCUGAUGUGUGUAGCACGUGACUUGGAGUCUGGCUGUUUCCUUAUUGCACCGAUGACUCAGCUCCUCUUGUGUGCGAUUUUUACCUUCAUCAGUAAUGUUUGACCUCUACCAAAUCCAGCGUUAUACAAUUUUGCUCUCUAGGGUACAUCUGAAUGUUUCCAUUUUUGUGCCUGCCAAGGCCAAGCUCAUUCAUUCUCUGUGCUUGAGCCAGGGGCUGCUUGCAAUGCUCUGUCCUUUUUUCCCCCCCCCCAUGUGUUUUCUACUGCCAGACAGAAGGGAUUUAUUCCCCUGCACCAGUGCUGCCUCAGUAUUGCAGCUGGCUUCUGCUUAUAUAGAACGAGUGGUGUAGUGAUUAAAAGCAUGAUGAGAGCCAGCAUGGUAUAGUGGUUCAGAGUGGCAGACUCUAAUCUGGAGAACCAGGUUUGAUUCCCCACAUGAAGCCUACUGGGUGACCUUGGGCUAGUCACAGUUCUCGAGCUCUCUCAGCCCCACCUAUCCCACAGGGUGUCUGUUGUGGGGAGAGGAAGGGAAAGCGAUUGUAAGCCGCUCUGAGACUCCUUCAGGUAGUGAAAAGCGGGGCAUAACAACCAACUCUUCUUAUUCCUCAGUCUUUACCCAAGAUUUAUCAGUAUCUGCUGCUGCAUCAGAAGGAAAGUAUCUCUACAUUAUUGCACAGCCUGUGGGCAGCUCUGAAACAACCAAGAGCUCCAUCAAGCUAGUGUGGUGCCUCACUCCUCAAUGACACAGCUGUCCUCUUGGGGAACAUUUCUGGCAUAUUCCAGCCACAUGGCUGUGCAGGUCAUACCUAGUCUCCAUGCUGGAAAACAAUAAGGCAGAGGCCUAGCCACUUCUUUCCCAGUCUCCCCUAACAGGAGGUCUUGCAGCGGGUGCUUACAGACUAAGCAAGCCAGUGAUGGCGAGUAUUGCUUUGGCAAAUUAACUCUUUGUCAUUCCUCAAACUUUCAGGUAGUUAUCCUGCUCGAAUUUAUGCCAUGUUACUUUGUAAAUAUAUAUAUAUGUACAGCUGCUAUUGUGUAUAGACUGCCAACAUCCCUGACAUUUAACCCUGUCUUCCCCCUGCUUUCAUAAGAUUUCUACCCUGCUUUGUCAUUAGGAGGUUGCAACAGAAAAUGGGUCCUGAGGGCUGUCCCUCAACAUUAAUCAUGGAGUCCUAGAAAGGCUGAGCCCUUUACCCCAUUGCCACCACUAGCUCAAGGCCUGGUCUUAAGGGGCUAAAAUUGAUUUAUUUUAUGGUUGCUCAAAGCAGUCAGUCAAUUUAUUGUAUGUGGAUUGUAAACCUCAGGAUUUGUUAUUUUCUUUGAACUUUGAUUUUUUUUUUGGAAAAAAAAAUCACAAACAUUGCUAUUUUUUAAAGUGGAAAUAAUAAAAAAUUGCUAUUUUUUAAAGGAAGGUUGUAGACCUCCAAGAAGUAGAUGAGCAUAUAUGUCUGUUUUAAACCAGAAAGCAAAUUAAAUAUAGGAGUUUUUUUCUAAGUAA